ACAGAUUCCUUCUCUCAGCUCAAGUUGCGCGCUUAGGGUUUCUUCUUCUUCCACAAGCGGAUUAGGUUUAGGGGUUCACUUUCGACACUGUAGCUACCUCAACAAUGGCGGAGCAGACGGAAAAGGCGUUUCUGAAACAACCAAAAGUCUUCUUAUGCUCGAAGAAAUCUGAACAUUGGUCUGGUUUCAAGACUCCCAGAGAAGCUACUGAAGGUGCAUACAUAGACAAGAAAUGUCCCUUUACUGGCACGGUUUCUAUUAGGGGCCGUAUCUUGGCGGGCACUUGUCACAGUGCCAAAAUGCAGAGGACAAUCAUUGUCCGGAGGAACUAUCUUCAUUUUGUUAAGAAGUAUCAAAGGUAUGAGAAAAGGCAUUCGAACAUUCCUGCUCAUGUCUCACCGUGUUUCCGUGUCAAAGAAGGAGAUCACGUGAUCAUCGGGCAAUGCAGACCGCUGUCAAAGACGGUGAGGUUCAAUGUCUUAAAGGUCAUUCCAGCUGGAAGCUCUGCUAUAGGCAAGAAAGCAUUCAGUGGAAUGUAGAGAGUUCUUAAGGCGGGAUCAAUCCACUUCAAGAGGAUUUUGACUUGUUUUGCUUUUGGGUUUUACUCAUGUGUUAAUCCUCAAAGAGAAACCUCUGUUUUCACUUUUGUUAGCGGCAACAUGAUGUUCUAAAACUUCAUCUAGUCAUUAUAUAAGAAUGAUUCUCUGUUGCUGAUUCUUUUCAUUUUUGAUUAUCUCUUCUUGAAUUACUAUAUCUAAGGUUUAGAAUCUAAAGCUUGUGUGAUUUAAUAUUUUGUUGUAUUGUGUAAAAGCUACUUAUUGUGAUCAAGAACACAUUGAUAUGGUAUCUGAUGGUGGAUUGGACAAGA